UGAGUGGGGGGCUCCUUGCAGGGACCCUCUGGGGGGGCCCACCCAGGAGCUCAGGUGCUGCCACCUUGAACAGGGUUGGUGAGCAGAUCUGUUUCUGGAGGGGCUGCUCUGGCAUCUCAGGGGCCACGGGGGUAGGGGAGAGGUUUUACCCAGGCAUCCAGCCACCCACCCCAGACCUGCCCAGACUACAGAGCCCUACUGACCCCCAGCCCCACCCCAGGCUCCGACCUCUCACUUCUGACUCCCCGCCCUCGGCUGCUCAGCCUGCCAGGGAGAGGACAGGAGGCCAGCCAAUCCCGGAAGCGGGCCACGCCCCUGGCCAGCAUGAUCCCGAGCGAGCGUAUAAAUACACCUGCCAGGAGCCCAUGCCCAGAGAACUCACACCCGCCUCAGACAGCGCUCCACACCUGGAGGAGUACACACGCCCGCCCCCCGGCCACCGGCCCCCCAGCGGCCCUGGAGAGGAAGAGCGGCCAGGGAGCGCACAGGCCAGCCUGGCCCAGAGGGGAAGGAGCCAGCACUGCCGGGACGAGUGAGCUCGGGGCCUCAGCCUGGCCGUGCCAGCCAAGAGGGUCGUGCCCGGGCCCCGCUGACCCCGGCUACCAGCCCAGAACCAUGUCAUCAGGCCCACAGGUGUGGCACACGGCCAUGCCGCCUGCCGGCAGGAGCAGCCCCACGGCCACAGUGCCCAGGUCCCCUGGCUCGGCCGGCAGCCCCAGGUCCCCGGGCACCCCUGGAUCGGAGAAAGCGGCCUCCCCUCUGGAAUGCUCCAUCUGCUUCUCGGGCUACGACAACAUCUUCAAGACACCCAAGGAGCUCUCCUGCACCCACGUCUUCUGCCUGGAGUGCCUCGCACGGAUGGCAGCCACCCAGCCCGCAGGCCGGCCGGGUAGCGAGGCCGUGCCCUGCCCGUUCUGCCGGCGGCCCACAGCCGUGCCCGCUGCCGGGGCCCCCGCGCUGCACACCAGCCGCCAGCUGCAGGCGCGGAUGCCAGCACACCUGCGGCGGGAGGAGCCCGUGUGGCUGGAGGGCACCAAGCUGUGCUGCCGCCCGCCGCCCUCUGCGCCUGGCCCUGCGGCGCCUGGCUUCGUGUAUGUGGACGUGGGCCCGAGCAAGCCCGCCAUGCCCGCAGCGCCCGUGCCCACCCCGGGCCCUGCCCGCCGUCGGGGCCGCCUGGCCCGCUGCCGGGCGCGCUGCCGGGACUGGAGGCGCGCAGCCCUCAUUGUGGUGCUGCUGCUUGUGCUGUCCUGCGUGGUGCUCUGGCCCGUGCAGUGCGCGCUUAGGACCGGGAGCCUGCACUGCCUCCCCCGGCCGCCCUCCGCCGCCGCCACGGCCGCCACCACCUUCUCGCUUGGGUCCCUGGCUGACAACUAGGGUUACCACCCCCACCCCCGGGGUCCCAAAGGAGCCCCCUGGGAUCUCUGAGGAACCCAUACCUGGUUCGGCACACCUGCCUCCUGCUCUCUGGGGCUGUGUCCUGUGGGGUGGACAAAAUGGUCCCCCGAGCUCCCAGGGAUCACAGAUUCCUAUGGGCCCCAGAGGCCACCGCCCUAACUUCCAUCUUGCAGAUGGGGAGACUGAGGUCCAGGAGAGACAGCUUGGCAAGGCCCCCUCCCCAUACACACUGUGAAUCGCCCGCAAGACCAGCCCCUUGCUGAAAAGGGAGGGGGCUCGCCAUCUUUCUUUUAUUUUCACAUUUCGCCCACAGCUCCUCCUUUCCCCAGGCAGGGCUGGCCCCUUACCUUGGGUGGCCAGGGGGACAGAGGGCAGUGGCAGGGAGCCCAGCCCACCCUCCUAAAUUGUACAUUUUUAAAUAAAUUAUUUUGUACUCGCAA